CUUCUCCUGAUCAGAGCAGCUGCUCUGUAGAGCUGGAUGGAGAGUAAACUCAGGCACACAGCUUUAGCUUUAGAAUCUCAGACAGCUUUAAGGACCUCAGCGCUUUUAACACCUCCUGAACAUCUGAAAGACCUGGCCGAGCGAGGAGGAUGAAGAGAGACGUCGUGAAGCUGAAGAGGAGGAGCAGAGAGGUCCUGCUGAGUGUUCUGGGAGUAGUGAUAGUGAUCUACUGCGCUGUCCACCUGGUCUUCUUCAUCGCCAGACCCUCUCAGGUUCCGAAGCCCUCACGGGUUCGACGGGAAGUGGGGAAUGAGACGGAGUGUGUCUCUCCGCAGAGCUCCGAGUUUCCCCAGGGCUUCUUCACACUGCAGGAGAGGAGGGACGGGGGCAUUAUCAUAUACUUCAUCAUCGUGUUUUACAUGUUUCUGGCCGUCUCGAUCGUUUGUGAUGAUUAUUUCUUGCCUUCUCUGGAAGUCAUCAGCGACCGUCUCGGGCUCUCUCAGGACGUUGCCGGGGCAACCUUCAUGGCGGCCGGAAGUUCGGCCCCUGAGCUGGUCACUGCUUUUCUAGGUGUGUUUGUGACGAAGGGGGAUAUCGGUGUGAGCACGAUCGUGGGCUCGGCCGUGUACAACCUGCUGGGCAUCUGCGCCGCCUGCGGAAUAUUAACCUCAGUGGUGAGUCGUCUGACCUGUUGGCCGUUGUUCAGGGACUGCGUGGCGUACGCAAUCAGCGUCGCUGCUGUAAUCGCCAUCAUCUCCGAUAAUCAGGUGUACUGGUAUGACGCGGCGUGUCUGCUGCUGGUGUACGGCGUGUACAUCGUGGUGCUGUGUUUUGACCUGCGGAUCAGUGAGUACAUGAUGCGGCGCUUCAGUCCGUGCUGCGUCUGUUUGAGUAAGAGUGUGGACGAGCGCCCUGAACAGCAGCCUCUGAUUGGGUGGAAUAACGACUCCAGUCUGAGGGUCCCGAGCCGCUCCCGGACUGACAGUGGGAUUUUCCAAGACGAUUCUGGAUAUUCGCACCUGUCCCUCAGCCUGCACGGCCUCAACGAAAUCCCAGAAGAGCGGAAGAGUGUGUUCAAUAUGCCGGAGAAUGACCUCAAGCGGAUCCUGUGGGUUCUGUCUCUGCCCGUGAUUGUGCUGCUGUUUCUGACCAUUCCAGACUGCAGGAGGCGCUACUGGAGGAAAUGCUACAUGCUAACCUUCUUCAUGUCGGCAGUGUGGAUCUCGGCCUUCACGUACGUCCUCGUCUGGAUGGUCACUGUGAUCGGAGAGACGCUGAACAUUCCCGACACGGUGAUGGGCCUCACUCUGCUGGCGGCUGGAACCAGCAUCCCUGACACCGUGGCCAGCGUGAUGGUGGCACGAGAGGGUAAAGGAGACAUGGCCAUGUCCAACAUCGUGGGCUCCAACGUGUUCGACAUGCUGUGUCUGGGUCUGCCCUGGUUCAUCAAGACAGUCUUCGUGGACACCACAGCACCGGUGCUGGUGAACAGCAAAGGCAUGGUCUUCAUCACCUCCACCCUGCUCCUCUCCAUCGUCUUCCUCUUCCUCGUCGUCCACAUCAAUGGCUGGAAGCUGGACUGGAAGCUGGGCAUCGUGUGUCUGCUGUGCUACAUCCUUUUCGCUACGUUAUCCAUCCUCUACGAGAUGGGAAUCAUCGGGAAUAACCCGAUACAGGCCUGCGGGGACUAACUGAGCCCAGAGCUUCGCACCUGAAGACAAGAGUUCACCCAAAAAUCUAAUUUACAAGGUGUUUCACGCUUCACCUCAAGCGUAGUCAAUCUGCCAGGAUCUGGUGCUGGAGCUAUGAGGCUAACAAGUGAUGGAAGUCUAUCAGCAGAGCCACACGGAUCGAUAAGCAUCAGUACCUCCAAUCUGGACGUUCCCUUUUCAGAAUCAAUCCUCUCCUGAAAAUACUAACAGCAACAGACUUGAUCAGUGAACACACUCAAAGAAGACGGUUCUCCAAUGGUUAUUUAGAAAAGGUAAUGGUUCUAUUUGGAACCAUGCAUUCUCUGUAGAACCAUCUGCAUAAUGAAAUGGUUCGUUAGACCGAUGUGUUGGUUCUACACAGCACCAAAAAGGAUUCUGCUGUCAUCACAACGUCAAGCUUGUAAAACUAGAACCCUUAUUGGCACUAAAUGGAACCGCUUUUCUCCAUCAGUCUGAAGAACCAUUUCACCAUGCAGAUGGCGCUAAAUAGAACUCAUUGAUGAACCAUCUUUUUUUAAGCAUGUGUGUACUCUCACCUGCCACUUUAUUAGGUACAGUUCAGUUGCUUGGUAAC